AUGACAGCCAUCCAAAGCACUUUCCACGAAGACCUGUUCUCCAAAUAUUCCAGUUUUUCUAAACUUCGCCCGAUCAUUUAUGGUAUACCGAAAGGAUCCAAUGAGCCGUGUAACCCCCUCAAUUCCGAUGAACUCCUAUCAGCCGAGCGAAUCCUCUGUAAAUUAGCGCAUUUAGAGAACUUCCAAGAAGAGCGCAAUGAUCUCGUUGUACGUACGAGCGUAUCCAAAUCAAGUCCGUUGAAGUGGUUAAAGCCCUAUGUUGAUAUAUUCGGACUGAUUCGCGUAGGAGGUCGCCUAGACAAUGCUGAUUUACCUGAGCCCACCAAGCACCCGAUUGUCCUGAGCGGCAAGCAUCCAUUAGCGAGUAUGCUCGCUGCGCACUACCACAAAACACUUCUUCACGCUGGCCCACAGUUGAUGCUGUCAACUGUCCGCCAGAAAUAUUGGAUUCUCGGCGGACGAAACCUCAUUAGACGCACCUAUCAUCAGUGCAUCACUUGCUUCCGUAGCAAGCCGCAGUUGAUUCGGCAAACCAUAGCAGAUCUACCUGCAUCCCGUGUCACUCCGACGCGUCCAUUCUCCGUCUGUGGCGUAGAUUACUGCGGUCCAUUCUAUGUCAAGUCGCUCGUGAGUGACCUUACGACUGCCGCAUUCGUCGCCGCACUGCGUCGACUGAUAGCUCGAAGGGGGAAGGUUACCGAGCUGCACUCCGACAACGCCACGACCUUCAAGGGAGCUUCGCACGCCAUGCAUCGCGUGUAUCGAAUGAUGAAGCAGAACGACGUUGACCGGAACCAAAUCUUUUCCUGGUGCGCAAAUAAUGAGAUCCGGUGGAGAUUCAUCCCGCCCCGUGCACCUCAUUUUGGAGGACUGUGGGAGGCUGCGGUGAAGUCCGCGAAGACCCACCUACUCAAGGAGAUUGGCAAUACCAGUCUUGCCUACGAGGACAUGCUCACCUUACUAACGCAGGUCGAGAUGUGCCUCAAUUCGCGUCCAUUAACGCCGCUGUCGUCAGAGCCAUCAGACCUGGAAGCCUUGACACCUGGUCACUUCCUGGUGGGCUCAAACCUUCAAUCCGUUCCCGAAGCUACAUUCAUCAAUAUUCCCGAAAACCGGCUCAAUCAUUGGGAGCAAACGCAGCGUCACCUCCAACGAAUCUGGGCACGUUGGUACCCAGAAUACCUCCAGCAGCUGCAGUACAGAGCUGCUCAAGGCUGCAAGUCACCCAGCAAGAUCGAGAUCGGACGGCUCGUCGUUGUCAAGGACGACUGCCUUCCACCUGCCCAAUGGCCUCUCGGCAGAAUCGUCAAGGUCCAUCCAGGGAAGGACGGAAUCGUGAGAGUGGUCACACUGAAGACUUCAUCCUCGGACAACGUCGUGCACGAAUUGCUUUGCUGCCAAUAUCCAGCGAUCAUUCCGAUGCACCCGUCGAACACUGGCUCGAGGCGCAUAUCAUCAGAAACCAGAAGUCUUUCCCAGUUCUCCGGGGACGAUGGCGUUCCGAAUAACACCUACCCUCGCAGCGGAAGUGACACGCUAGCUUUGCCGGGAGCCACCUUUCUGGAGUGGGAAGUAAGAGUGCUCUUCCCAUCGUAG